AUGCACAGGCGGUCGAAGCGGCAAAAGCUUGGAACGGACAGCAGCCCUUGGAAGGCAAAGGAGGAGGAGACAUUCCAUUCUUUUGCCAAGGAAGAGCCAUACCAAAUCCGGCCACAGGAAGGUGAUCAAUGUGACGACACCGAGGUGGCCAAGGCUGAGGCGGCACAAGAGCCGACGACCAUUAAGGAAGAGUGGGAUCAAAAUUGGCAUUUUCAGACUCCAGCUGCUACGACACAGGAUGUCGAGCCGGCAGACAACGAACAGCCCGCAGAGUUCGCCAGGGUUCGCAGAGGGGAUUUGACUGCGGCAGACAUCAUUCGCGGCAUCAAGACUGGGGAGUUCGCGGCACUGGCAAACGACAUGCGCGACAAGAUCGGGAUCCCAAAUCAGGCGUGGGAUGCCAUGCACCCGAGGCAAGCCGUUGAGAAAUUUCUGGAGCGCUACAACGGCCCCGAAGCGGAUCGACACAAGUUGUACUACUUCCAGCACAAAUGGGAUCGCCAUCGCUUCUUGUGCACCAUGGUCGUGCAGGGAUUCCAUGGGCGAGAAAUCAAAGUAAUCUCAAAGAGUCUCUCCGUCCUGGACAAGCCCGCUGCCGAGACAGCUGCGUGUCUAACAUUUAAGUUAGAUAAAGAAGUAAAUGCUGUAAGGCUCAAGCUCCCCGCAGCGAUGAAGUUUAUUCGCCAGUUUUUCUGCCUCGGUGGAAAACAAAAGGCCGAGCUUACAACUUUAGGUUUUCAGCCUAAAGUUGUCCAAUCGGACAUCACGACAGCGAUUUACAAUGGCUUCCGGCCGUUAGGCUGUCAGACAUCGUUUUGGGAUGCCGACGAUGUUGAGACCAAAUGA